AGCCUCUGGCGGCCGGACCGAGGGAGAGCCGCGCAGAGACGCCGCGGGAGGCAGCAGUGUCGCCGUCCCGAGAGAGACCCCUGGCUGGCCGCUGCGGCGCGCGGGAACCAGACGGCGGAAGACUUGUCCUCGGGCAUGGGCCUCUUCUCGCUGGAGCCCUUGCUGCCGCAGCUACUCAGCUUCCAGGGCCUGGCCCUCGCCGCGGCCCUGCUGCUCGGGGUCUUGUGCCUGAGCUCCAGGCGCACCAGGAGACCUGGUGAGCCUCCAUUGAUAAAAGGCUGGCUUCCUUACCUUGGAGAGGCCCUGAACUUCCAGAAGAAUCCUUUAGGUUUCAUGAAAACACUUCAAAAGCAACAUGGUGACACUUUCACUGUUCUCCUUGGGGGAAAGUAUAUAACAUUUAUCCUGGACCCUUUUCAGUACCAGUCAGUGAUAAAAAACCGCAAAUUAAGCUUUCGAAUAUUUAGUAAUAAAGUCUUAAGGAAAGCAUUUUCCAUCAAAAAGCUGGAAACCAAUGAUGACCUGAACGAUGAACUUCACAUCUGCUAUCAACUUUUACAAGGGAAAUCUUUGGACAUACUCACAGAAAACAUGAUGCAGAAUUUAAGACAAGUGCUUGAACUCCACCUACUAAAAGCCACAGAUUGGGUCAUGACACCGCUGUUGGCAUUCUGCAACUCAGUGAUGUUUGAGAUCACAUUUACAACCAUAUAUGGAAAAAGUCUUGCUGGUAGUACGAAGACAUUUACUACUGAGCUAAGAGAUUAUUAUUUAAAAUUUGAUGACAAAUUCCCGUAUUUAGUAUCAGACAUACCCAUAGAGCUUCUAGGAAAUGUCAAGUCUAUUAGAAAUAAACUUAUAAAAAACUUGACAUCAGAACACUUAGCUAAGAUACAAGGAUGGUCAGAAGUUGUUCAAAUGAGGCAAGAUAUCCUGGAGAAAUACUAUACGCUCGAGGACCUUGAAAUAGGAGCACAUCAUUUAGGCUUUCUCUGGGCCUCUGUGACAAACACUAUUCCAACUAUGUUCUGGGCGAUGUAUUACCUCCUACAGCACCCAGAAGCUAUGGCAGUGCUGCGUGACGAAAUUGACCAUUUUCUGCAGUCAACAGGUCAAAAGAAAGGGUCUGGAUUUCCCAUCCACCUCACCAGAGAACAAUUGGACAGCCUGGUCUACCUAGAAAGCACCAUUCUCGAGGUUUUACGACUAUGCUCAUUCUCAAGCAUCUUCCGUUUUGUUCAAGACGAUUUGACUAUACAUUCAGAGCCGCAGGACUACUGUCUGCGAAAGGGGGACUUGGUCGCCAUCUUUCCUCCAGCCUUACACUAUGACCCGGAAAUCUUUGAAGCUCCAGAGGAGUUCAGAUUUAAUCGUUUUGUAGAAGAUGGUAAGAAGAAAACCACCUUUUUCAAAAAAGGAAAAAAACUGAAGUGUUACCUAAUGCCAUUUGGAACUGGAGCCAGCAAAUGUCCAGGCCGAUUUUUGGCAAUUAUUGAAAUAAAGCAAUUGUUGGUUGUACUUUUAACUUAUUUUGAUUUAGAAAUAAUUGAUGAUAAACCUAUAGAAGCAAACUGCAGCCGUUUUCUGUUUGGUAUUCAGCAUCCAGCCUCUGAUGUUUUAUUUAGGUACAAGGUAAAAUCUUAAAGAAGCUGAAAAGAAAGAGAAGAAAUCUAUCAAAACUAACCUAAAUGUCCUUGGCUUAUCAAUUUGUUUUGAAUUUCUGCAAAUGUAAUUGCUUUGUUUGUUUGUUUGUUUAAGAAGUGUCAAUUUAUAUUUGAUCUGUGAUCAGUCCAGUGUGCACAAAACCUAUCAUAAAAUAAAAUAGAAUGUCGACAUGAAAAUGGACAUCAAAAUAAGCAUAAUGAUAAACUCAAAAUAGCUUUUUUAUGUUUUUCUACAUACUGUGAUUUUCACCUGUCAUAGUAAAUGUACCGCAAUAAAUUUGGCACUGUGGGA